AUGUUUGUCAUCCCAAAAAAGGACAGUUUGAUGUGUCCUGUCACUUGUGAAAUGUUUCGAGAACCUGUUACUGGCCAAGAUGGUCAUACAUACGAACGAGGUGCUAUUAUAUCGUGGCUUAAAAAAUAUCGUACAAGCCCAAUCACACGUGAAUCAAUGACUAUUGAUUCAUUGCAACCAAAUCAUCAUGUCAAACAACUCGUUGGUGAAUUUAAAACAUCAUCAUUACAGAAACGCUUUCUUUUCAAAUUUGAUAUUGAUAUACAGAAAGCAGAAGGAAAACCGAUCUGUCAAAGUCCGGGUAAAACUAUUCAUAGAGCUGAAUGGAUAUCAAAACCUGGUCCUGAUGUUGUUCUAUGCGCAAUCGAAGGAGCUACAGCAAGUCUAGAAGCUUCAUGUUAUGUUGAACUGAGUUCUCAUCCUCACAUUGUUCAUACAUAUGGUCUGGCCGAGAAUGAUUUCAAUCGUCUUAUGCUUAUACAAGAAUAUGCAACUAAAGGUGAUCUUGCAGAAGCUUUAAAAGAAAACGAAUUUCAACCAUCACAAUUAGUUCUAUUAGAAAUAUUUUUACAGAUUGUUGAUGCAAUGGUUUAUCUUGCUAAUUAUGGAAUUGUGCAUGGUGAUCUUGCUUGUCGUAAUGUAUUCGUUUUUCGUUUUCAUAAUUCUAAUCCACAAGAAAAUUUAGUCAAAUUGUCUGAUUUUGGCUUAAUACGUUCGAGCACAUUGUAUUCAGUUGUUGGUAGUACAGUAUCAACGGCAAACUUACUCGUUCCAGCGAGAUAUGCUGCACCAGAAAUUCUACAAAUUGAAGGUUUCUCAAAUUAUUCUGAAAAAUCAGAUGUGUAUUCGAUGGGUAUUUUAAUGUGGGAAGCUUACUCUCAAGGGCAAUCACCUUAUACUUCAAUUGAAGAUGAUAAUGACGUUCGUAGACUUAAACUCAACGAAGAUAUUUUCAGCCGACCUGAGAAUUGCGAUGAAAAAUUAUGGAAUAUAAUUGUUCAGUGUUGGCAUCAGCAGCCAGAAGUUCGUCCAACAUUCAAAAUGUUGAAACAAUCAUUGUUGGAGUUAAAACUACAAUCGAUAAUCAGUUCUAAUGGUGUUCAAAACAAAAACAUGGAAAAUAAAACGACACUGAAAGAGAUUGACCUUCGUUACAAUCGCAUUGGAGACCUAGGUGCUCAAUACUUUGCGGAAGUACUACGCAAAGACGAGGUAAUAAAACAUAAUAUUAUAUCGCUCAAUAUCAAUUCCAAUAUUCAGGAAGAUCAAAAACUCAAUCAUUUAUUGAAGCAAUUCAGUCAAUAUGACUCGACCAAACUUGCCAAUGUGAUGCGCACUAAUCAGAAUUUGAAAAGACUAAACCUCUGCUGGAACAAAAUUGGUCCACAAGGAGCAAUGCAUCUCGCAGCAGCUCUAAAGCAAAAUCAAACACUAACAACACUGGAUCUCGGUGGAAAUGCAAUUGGCGAUGUAGGCGCAACAUACAUCGCAGAAGCACUAUGGACAAAUAAAGUCGUUUUUUUUAAUAUUCUAGAAAUAAGAGCUAUCCAUCUUUUCCGUCAUUUCGCACAGACACUAACAACACUGGAUCUCUGGGGAAAUGCCAUUGGCGAUGCAGGUGCAAAAUAUCUUGCAGAAGCAUUACGAAAUAAUGAGAUACUAACAACGCUGGACCUCUGCGGAAAUGUCAUUGGUGAUGUAGGUGCAAAAUAUCUUGUAGAAGCACUGUCCAUGAGGAGCAUUAAGACACUGGCUGUAAAGAGCUUCACGAACUGA